UUCUCAUUACGUAAAAUUAUGAAUAAUAAUUAUACUAAAAUGAAGCAAUAAUAGAUUGACACUUGACACUGUUAAAGUAAAGGGGACCUGGUUCACCCCAAAUAAAAAUCCUAAUUACACCAAUGCGCAUACAUAUUUAUGGUACAUACUGAACGAAAUAUGACGAUCGCUGCGAUUCAGCGACUUCAGUUUCUAAUAAAAUCGUGGAUGCUUCAAAUUAUGGUCGAGGCAUUUGCAAGAAGUUUGAUUGACAAGAUCAUCCUGGAAGCUUUCGACGUUGUGGAGCCCAACAAAGAAAAGCUACGAAUGCUGGAUAAUCAACAGGAACCGGAUGGCAUCGAAUCACAGCCUACACGAACAUCGCUGCAAAUGCAUGAUCGUUCACCUACAGAUUGUAACCAUCUGGAAACGAUGGAAUUGUUAGAGAAGGUGGUGCGCGGUUUACAUAAUCUUCAAAUCGGAGACUCCAUUUUUCAAUCGACCUCUCUAUCAGCAUUAGAGAAGGAGGUAAAACAUCUCGUAUGCAGUAUCAACAGCGCUUUACCUCAAGUCUCGGAUGAAACGGAAGUUACUCAGGGUCAGGGAGACGUGCAUCAAAUAAUACACGAUGCAGUUAUAGAGGCAACACCAGACUCGACGCGUACUCGUCAAGAGAAAGAAACCAAUGGCUCCAACGAAGCAACUAGAAUAUCCGUCAAUCUUCUCCAUCGUUUGAUCGAGGAGCUUGAAACGAAAGCUGAAGAAUCCAUCCAGAAAAAAGAAAACGAACCGAAAUCUCCCAGCAAAGAGGAAAUCGCUGUUUGGGAGGAAGCUGAGGAACAGUUCAUAAGAACCAUCGAUAGCGUUGAUGAUCCAGAUCAGAACAAUGCUAAUUUACCAUCCGAUAGUCCGUCCAGAAGUAACGCGCGCGAAUUCAAGUACGAAAACUUGACAUCAUCACCAGUGGCACGUCCGGUACCACUUCCAAGGAACAUUUCUUUAGAAGUGGUGGCAGUCGAAGAAAUUGUGCCAUCUCCUCUUCCUGUUAAUGAUAAUCUCUCACCGGAUGCUUCUUCCAGUAAGAGUCAAAAUAGGUCUCGGAAGAACGAUUUGCAAUUGAGGAAUCGAAAGAAGAGAAACGUCUUAGGUAGAAUGCGGAAACUGCUCAGGACCAUUUUUGGCCGACGAAAAAAAUGAUUGCAUCGUGGUUUGGGUGUUUCCUCGAUGGAGUUCGAGAACGAUGCAUAUGUUACUUAACCCUUUCGCUAUGGUCAUCACUGCCGGGAGGUGUACAUCGCUGAGCAUGGUGGCUUUCUUAGAGGAAAUGGCGACGUAGGGAAAGAAGGAUUCUAUUACUUAUCCUACCACCUUUGGACCGAGGGUAAUAAUUGCAAUUCCACGUACUGUAAUCUGUUACAGGUAGAUCUAACCAAGCUGGUUGAAUCGCGUUAAGAUGAAUAAUCGAACUUCCUUACGUUACAUAGCCAUUUUCCUUACGGAAAGCUAGCGUACUUAGCAAUAUAUCCCUAAUUAAAUCAUCCAACUCAAUAUAAUUUUCUUCAUAAAAUUUAAUUUUCGUAGCUGCUUUUUAAUUGUAACACGAAAAUUUCUAUUAUAUUUAUUUUGAAAUACAAGCACUUUGGGUUGGACGAUUAUAAGUCGGUCGUCGUAGCGAAGGGGUUAAUCGUAAACCUACUUUUUAAAACCGAAAUGCGUUGCUUGUCCGCGUCGAGGUAAUAAAAAUAACUAUCUAGUUUAAUCAUCAGCUGGCCACAGGUACGAAAUGGUCUGCGUACUCUCAGAGUUAUAUCAGACGUGAAACAAAUUCCACGCGUUCCUUGGAACACCGUGGAGGAAAUGAAAUGAUGUAUCACAAUUCUUUAUUAAUACAAUUAAUCAUUUUGAUAAAUGUG